AUGUCAGCUAGACGAAAAGAAAGAGCAGAGGAGGUGAUGAGGGAGGUUUCCUCAGAGGAGGAGAGGAGGAGUGUUGAGGACAACUCUGAGGAGGUGAUGAGGGAGGCUGCCUCCUUUUCUGCCUCCUGGAGAUCACCUAGACCAUCCAAACAACAAAUCAUCCCCAGAAUCCCUGAGGCAGUGGACGACUUCCUGAGGAACUUCCUGCGUAGGGUCGGUCUGAGCCGGACUCUGAGCAGCUUUGAGGCAGAGUGGUUCAGCUCAGCGCAGAAACGCCUCACUGAGACUCUGAAGAUGGCAGCGACGGGCGUCCUGUUCAUUCCUGAUGCUCUCACACACAGACAGCUCCUCCAUAGUGAGCUGGAGACAGUCCGCAGAGAGACAGAGCAGCUGGGGCAGGAGGUGCUGGUAGCAGGGGAGAGCCUGGUGAGGAUGCAGAGGGAGAGGGAUUUCCAUCGGCUGCAGUACAGACGAGUGGCUGAGGACAAAAACCGGCUGAUCGAGGACUUCAAACAGCUCAAGAAACAUCUGGAGUCCUACGAGCCAGCACUGAGACAGCUGGAGGACAAAUAUCAAGCAGCUCUGAGACACAAAAUGCUUAUCAGUUUAGAGAAAGAAAGAGCUCAAAACACCACAGAUGCAAGACUAACUCAAGAAAACUCCCAAAUGAAGAGAGAGACAAGCAUCAAAAGGAGCGAGAGCACUGAUGCAUCAUCAGCAAAAAGCAGCAGCAGACACCCAAAGGACACAGAGUUUCCUGUCUGCAGGCUGGUGAACCCUCAAACGGAUCAGGUGAAAUGUCAAAAAUAUAAAAGCCCCAGCUCCUUCAGCCUGUCCUACUCCAUCAGAGCCCAUAAACUUCCCAUCAGCUGCAUCCACCUCCACCCACAAAAUCUGAUCCUCGCUUCAGCCAGUGACGACCGCAGCUGGAGGCUGUGGAUGCUGCACGCCAACGGAGAGAAGGUAGGUGAGAUGGUGCUGACAGGUGAGGGUCACUCUGAUUGGCUGUCUGGCUGCUGCUUUCACCCUGACGGAGCAAAACUGGCAACAACCAGUGGAGACUCUACGGUGCGGCUCUGGGAUUUCUCUCGUGGUUGCUGCGUGUUGGUGCUGUCCGGUCACAGCCAGCCCACCUGGGGCUGCUCCUUUCACUCGUGCGGUCAUUUCCUGGCGUCCUGCUCUGCUGACAGAACCGCCAAGCUGUGGGACCUGAACAGCCAGCGCUGCAGGCACACACUACGUCGCCACACCGCCUCCGUCAACAGCGUCUGCUUCCUGCCCCUCUCCAACUUCCUUCUCACCUGCUCUGCUGACAAAACCCUUGCCAUGUGGGACACCAGACUGGGAGUCUGCACCACGACCUUCCAUGGACACCAGCACCCCUGUAACCAUGCCACCUUCAGCCCGGCAGGCACCGCCCUGGCCUCCUGUGACACCCAUGGCAUCAUCAGCCUGUGGGACUACAGGAAUCCUGCACUGGCUCUGGCUACGGUAGAUGCCGGACCACUGGCCGCCAACCAGGUGACGUUCAGCCCAUCAGGGAAGACGCUGGCUGUUGCCUGCUCCGACGGUCUGGUCAGAAUGGUGGAAAUCGAUUCUGGUGUGGUGAGCAGCCUGCUGGGGCACAGCGAUGUUGUGCAGAGCGUCACAUUCGACCGUGAGGGGGAGAUGGUGAUGUCAGCAGGGAGUGACGGGAUGAUUAAUGUCUGGGCGUGA